AUGGUGGCCAAUAUUACAUUAUUAGCCAUGGUGGCCAAUGCUACAUUGUUAGCCAUGGUGGCCAAUACUACAUUGUUAGCCAUGGUGGCCAAUAUUACAUUGUUAGCCAUGGUGGCCGAUACUACAUUGUUAGCCAUGGUGGCUAAUGCUACAUUGAUAGCGAUGGUGGCCAAUACUACAUUGUUAGCUAUGGUGGCCAAUAUUACAUUGUUAGCCAUGGUGGCCGAUACUACAUUGUUAGCCAUGGUGGCCAAUAUUACAUUGUUAGCCAUGGUGGCUAAUGCUACAUUGAUAGCGAUGGUGGCCAAUACAACAUUGUUAGCCAUGGUUGCCAAUACUACAUUGUUGGCCAUGGUGGCUAAUGCUACAUUGAUAGCGAUGGUGGCCAAUACUACAUUGUUAGCUAUGGUGACCAAUACUACAUUGUUAGCUAUGGUGGCCAAUUCUACAUUGUUAGCUAUGGUGGCUAAUACUACAUUGUUAGCGAUGGUGACCAAUGCUACAUUGUUGGCCAUUCUGGCUAAUACUACAUUAUUAGCCAUGGUGGCUAAUACUACAUUGUUAGCCAUGGUGGCCAAUACUACAUUGUUAGCCAUGGUGGCCGAUAUUACAUUGUUAGCCAUGGUGGCCAAUACUACAUUGUUGGCCAUGGUGGUUAAUGCUACAUUGUUAGCUAUGGUGGCCAAUACUACAUUGUUAGCUAUGGUGGCCAAUACUACAUUGUUAGCUAUGGUGGCCAAUGCUACAUUGUUAGCUAUGGUGGCCAAUGCUACAUUAUUAGCCAUGAUGACCAAUGCUACAUUGUUGGCCAUGGUGGUUAAUGCUACAUUGUUAGCUAUGGUGGCCAAUACUACAUUGUUAGCUAUGGUGGCCAAUACUACAUUGUUAGCCAUGGUGGCCGAUAUUACAUUGUUAGCCAUGGUGGCCAAUACUACAUUGUUGGCCAUGGUGGUUAAUGCUACAUUGUUAGCUAUGGUGGCCAAUACUACAUUGUUAGCUAUGGUGGCCAAUACUACAUUGUUAGCUAUGGUGGCCAAUGCUACAUUGUUAGCCAUGGUGGCCAAUGCUACAUUAUUAGCUAUGGUGGCCAAUGCUACAUUGUUAGCCAUGGUGGCCAAUGCUACAUUGUUAGCUAUGGUGGCCAAUGCUACAUUGUUAGCUAUGGUGGCCAAUGCUACAUUGUUAGCCAUGGUGGCCAAUGCUACAUUAUUAGCCAUGGUGGCCAAUACUACAUUGUUAGCCAUGGUGGCCAAUAUCACAUUGUUAGCCAUGGUGGCCAAUACUACAUUGUUAGCCAUGGUGGCCAAUGCUACAUUGUUAACCAUGGUGGCCUAUAUUACAUUGUUAGCCAUGGUGGCCGAUAUUACAUUGUUAGCCAUGGUGGCCGAUAUUACAUUGUUCACCAUGGUGGCCGAUAUUACAUUGUUAGCCAUGGUGGCCAAUACUACAUUGUUGGCCAUGGUGGGCAAUUCUACAUUGUGUUAG